AUAAGGCAAGACUUCGCGCGGUGUUAAAGUGAGUGACUUGAACGCAACGUGAGGCGCGAAAAUAUGAGAAAAUUCAAGUGAGCUUUUGCGAGUGAAAAGUGCACCAAUUUUGUGAUUUUGCAAUUGUGAAAAUGUUACAGCCGAGGAAGGGGAGGAGUUUUCUCCUGAUUUUUGCGGCGGUUUUACUGUGUUGUGAAGGUUUAGACAAUAUAAAUUCAACACCGAGAAAGAGAAGACAAGACUCCAAUGAUGUCACCACAGUCUUGCUGGUGGACAAUCAUGGACGAUCUUCUUUCGGCCGCUACCUGAGCGUUAAACCGGAUUUAGGUCUAAUUACUUCCACAGCUCGUACUUUUAUACAAGAAGGUGUAACUACUGAGUACGCGACUCAAGUACUCGGUACUACCCUUGACAAUGGACGACUAUACGCCCACUUACUCACUAAGAGUUCACGAGUACUGUACGACGGUGACUCUUCCUCAAAAACCCCCGAAAUUAACAAACAAUGGACUUUUGAACCAAACAUCCAAAACAAAAAUUUUAUCCGAAAUACCGACUUCAUCGCACCGAGUCAAGCCCAACCUGUUCUUGUUUUCCCAACUUCCACUCCUUACCAAGAAAUCAAGCAACAAAUUUCCGAUGAGGAGAUCCUAGAAGAAGAACCUUCCAACAAUCCAAGAGUACCAUUUGAGAAAGAAGCAAUUCCGGCCCAAAGCAAUGUCAAGAUUUUCAAAAUCAAUCCUCAGAUGAGAGACUUGACCAAUGAGAAUCUAAUUAAUCACAAAGAAGAACCAAAACUAAAGGCUAGUUUCACGCCAGCCAAAGUACGACCUUGGGACAACCUCCCCACUUUCACAGUCCGAAACGAAUUCUCCCCCAGUGGUCUCUCCUAUUUGGGAGAUUUCCCCGAAUUUGACUCCAACACAGAGCGGACUAAGGCCACAACAGCCGCUGAUCGUAAAGCCAAAUUUCUAUUUAAGGCCGGAUUAGUCAAACCCGAAUCCAAAGAUUAUCAAACCAUCACAUAUAGCGGUUUUGCUGACUUUACUACUACAGUUGGCGAUACUGUAAUCGUCUUCACUCCUCAUACAACCGCAACUCCGAAAAAUGUAGCUGAAGUCACUAAAAUUUCAGUGGAGCCAACUAUACGACCCUCACUGACUCUCAAAUCGCCAGCAAUUGGUACCACCGUUAAAACAUUUUUGUCACAGGAACCGGAAAUGGAAACUCAGACCGUGGAAGGUCACAAACUCGAUAUGAAAAGUAGUUUACCAACUAUGGUAAUUGACAAAACUGAUCGUCAAAGACGACCCAAAGGUGAGUCUAGUGACACCCAUGAAGAUAUGGAAGCCAAGUCUGCAGUGCUAGCCCAUGAACAAAACUUCGACGAUAGUGCUAGAGUUUUGAGUACUAGUAGUGGCAAGUCAACUAUUAUUUUUAGUCCUGAUGUGAUUGAACCCUCUGAGAGUCAAACUCCAAUGUUGUCAACCCCUUCCGAUGAAGAUAUUAAGAAGAUUUUUGCGGCACUUCAAGCCCAAGCUAAGUUAGCAACUCAACCUCUAAAUACACCCUCGACGAUAUUCCUAGAAGAAAGUAGUACUGUAAAGAAAGCACCAGCGACAGAAAUAUCCAGUGGUGCCACUACUAUAUUCUUCGAAGAUGAUUUACCCAUCGAAAAUACUGCUGUAGUUGAAGAAACUACAACCAAAAUUGUCGAAACAACGACAGAGCAAGAGAAAGUCACAACUGAGCAAAUACCGGAAACGACGACUCAGAAAGAAACCACAACAACAACAAAUCCACCCGAAACAACUGAACACGUGAUUAGUACAUUUCCGGUCCAGGAAACAACACCGGAAGUUGUAUCGAAUGAAAUCGACACUGAGAAAAUACCGGAAAAGCAAGACGAAACUGAUGUUAUUUGUACAGAAGGAAAUAGAAUAGUACCCACUACAGUUUACAAGACUUUGACCUACUUGACCACAUUCUUUAUCCCUCAGGACGAUGAUGGUACCUCAACUUCAAUCAAAUCAAAUGAAGUGAUUUCGACUGAGAUUGGGUUCCAGACUGAGGCUUGUACCUCAAUUGAAGCUACUCCGGCUAAUAGUGCAUCAGUCGAACCCACAGUAGUGACAACAACCGAACAAGAAAAAACCACAACACCGGAAGUACCAACAACUGAGGCUGAAACAACCACGGAUGCGGGUACAACACCAGCACUGGAAACAACCCCGCAGGAAAUAACAACAGAAAGGAGACACGUGACUGAAUCCGAGCCCGAAACAACAGAAAUGACCACAGAAAGUGGUGAAGAAAUUGAAUUAAUUUUCAAAACUUUAUACACAACUUAUACAUACUUGACGACGUACUUCCAAGACACGACUUCGUCAAUCGCGAGUAAAAUUGUGGUAACCACAAAUGUGAUAACUUCGACUUUGGUACCCGGAAGUGAAGCGUCGGAUUCGGCCGUUGCGGGGCUUUUCGAACGUGAAGAUAGCCUUGUUUCCGGCUAUAAGUCCAGAACUGUGUCUUUCGACGACUUGGCUGAAAUAGCACCAACCAAGAUUGCACAAGACUUGCUUCCAACAUUGGAUGCAAGUCCGAUUUUAAAUGAUGCCAAGAUUCAACAAAACGGUGUCAAGACAUACUACACCACUUAUACCUAUUUCACCACUAUUUUCGUUGAUGGUGAAACGGAAAUUUCGAGCAGGACUGAAGUUUACACGAAUUAUGUCACCCCAAGUAUUUCCGCUACUGUAGCUUUGGAAGAUGUGGUACCGACCAAAGUACCGUCACUUUUCGAAGAUAAAAAUCAAGUUGAAGCUCCUGAUAUCGAUAAUGAAGAGAGUGAAGUAAAGAAGAAAGUGAUAAGUCUCAAUGUAACGCCGCACAACAUCUACAAUAGUACAAUCAACCGACAAAAAACGGUACUACCCGAUGACAAAAAUGACGACAUUUACGUUUCGGCUAAAGACAAGCUUGAUAACAACAUUUUGGCGACUAGUGUCAACAAGGACCAAAAAUAUGUGACUUUGCAGAGAGGUACCACCACGGAAGAUGCCCCCAUUGAAAAUAAUCUUCUAAAUUUGAACGACUAUGAGACAAUUUCGACAAUGGUGACCGAUGUUAGAAGCAGUACCUCAGAAGGUGACCGCAGAAUUAUCGACAACGUUGACAAACGUAACGCCCUCGAUGACCAAAUUGUGUCAGAGUCAAAUAAUGAUUCGGAAAUAAUCCCCUCUCCCACUUUACUCCUUCAAACAAGUUACACCACUUUUACUUAUUUCACUACAAUGUAUCACGGUACUACCGCUAGUGACGUUGUGAGUCGAUUAGAGACUGUCACUAAUGUAGUUACUGAAACUUUAACACCAACUCACACUCUUAGUGUCGAGGAUUUGAGUCUCCCUAUUACGUACUUCACGACUUUCACUUAUUGGACCACUUUGUAUAAAGAUGGUACCACCAAGACGACAAGUCGAGAAGAAACAGUUUCCAAUGUUGUAACUCCGACUCCAACACUGUCGAGUGUUUUACCUACGAUUAGUAUUACUUCAACAGGAGAAGUAGAACCGAGUCAGACUGAAACUAUUCAACCUUCAACAGUUGGUGACGAUGAUCUUACCACAUAUUUUACAACUUAUACGUACUAUACAACAUCGUAUGUUGGCGAUAGUACUGUUCUGAAUAGUCGUCUUGAAACCGUGUCACGUGUUGUUAACAGUACGGCUGAUGUCGACUCAAAUCAAAUAGGACGUGCUGUCGGUACUGCCAGCCAAAACCUCCUUGACGAUGGAAAAUCCAAAACUGUCAAUAGUACUGUUAAGCCGACUGGGCUCUUGUCCACAAUUGUUAACACUGUUGAAAAUUCUGGUACCACUACGAUACUGUCAACUGACGUUUUUGGUACUUACAUUGACGGCUUAUACGCUAAGGUACUUGAAAGUACCUCUUCCGUAAUCACACCGACGAUAGCUCCAAGUUCAGUCGAGGCAAACCUCAAACCGACUGGGGUUGUGAGUAUUAAUAAAGGCACAAUUGUCGAUGCUGAAGGGAUCAGUACUUUAUAUUAUACGACUCAAGCUGUGGGUACUUAUAUUGAUAAUCUUUACGCCCAAGUGAUUGAAAGCACAAGCUCGUUGCAAGUCAAUGAAGAGCGCAAAUCGGCUCUAGCAACUGAUGUUCCGAUAAGCCACAGAACAGGUUUAGUACGACUUAUCGAAGGUUCAAUAAUUCAGAACGAGACUACAACCCUAUACCAGAGCAAAGUACUUGGUACUGUAAUUGACGGCCGAUAUGCACAAAUUAUUGAAAGUACCUCAAGUUUCCUAGUUGGUAAACCAAGUAUUUCUCCGAGUUCUGUCAGCGAAAUAGUACCAACUCCGACUCAAGCACCAGAUCAAGCUAUAGCCUCUACUAAAGUACCAAUUUCACCCUCACCGGUCGUAAUUGAGGGUUCAUUAACCGACUCAACUAAAAUCGACGAGGAAACUUCAACUGAGGAAAACGACGAAGACAGUGACGACGAUGGUACCAGUCGUACCAAAUCACGCUUGACUUUCCAGACUCGUAAACGAACCUUUACACCAGUUAUACGACCUUUUGCUUCAAGACCAAGGCCAACUUUUGCCCCUAAACGCAAAGGUGCAGGACAAGGAGCAACCACAGUAACCAGAAGUGAUGUCACUCCUACUGUAACAGCAGUACCGGCUUCCAAACCCGCCAGAUUUGGCAAUCGUCGAGGAUCAUCCAGUGCUAACGCUAUAGUACCUACAGCUUCAGGUUCUAGGCGCUUUUCACGCCCAAAAUCGUCAAGUUCCGGACUUUCAAGUUCUUCAUUUAGACGAAGUUCAAGCCGAAUUCAACCAACAGCGACCGGAUUUGGAGCUAGUUCUAGAAGAGGAGGGUUUAGGUCGUCACUUGGGGGUAGUUCUCAAAGAGCUAGUUCGCUGUAUGGUGGUAAUUCAAGGUUUAGAAUAAGGCCAACGUUGGCGUCGUCAUUGAGUAAAGCAUCAGCAACUGCUACUCCUUCUAGUGUCGACGAUGAAAAUGAUUUGACAACUGUUGUUACUGAUAGUACCGGUGCUGUUGAAGACGCCAAUGAGACGACUUUGCCGUUGUCAACUACCACUGAAGGUAGCUCAAGACGAAGUCAAAAUCCCUUACUCAAAUUCAGAAGGCCGCCAUUAGCUAGACCUUCAACCCCACGACCUAAACCUAAAGCAAAGACAACCAAAGGUCCGACAACCACCACUGCCAAACCUAGAACCUUCAACCGUCCAAGUGGUUUGGCUAAUAGACCCCGAAAUAACGCACUUUUCCCUCGACGAAACCUCUUUACCACCACCACAACACCGCCACCUCCCAGUGAAGACGAAGAAGAAGAAGAAUUGGACGAGGAAGGUGAAAACGAAGAUGAAGAUACCGACUAUGAAAGCUCACAAACUAAUACACAAACCGAACCUGCCCCAACACCUGAAACACGUCGUGGACGAUCUAGUGUCAACAUCAAACCUUUCCUAGGUUUUAGACGAAGAACAAGAAGAGAAGUCAAUUAUUCAAGAUUUAGGAGACCAAGUCCUAGAACUACAGCAGCACCGGUCGAGGAACCGGAAACUGAACCCCCUAAACCUAGAACCAAACCUAGGUUUACCCCUAGAAACCGAAAUAAGCCCACUCAAGGUACGACUCAAGCUCCGCAAACAACCCGAAAGAGAAUCUCGCCAACUAAAGCUUCAAGUCAGACAAGAUCUCAGUUUACUUUAAGAGAAAAGGACACGUCAAGGUCAAAUUUUAGACGCCCUUCGGGUACUCGAAGAACUACAGUGUCUUCGCGUCCAAAAUCACCCCGACUGAGAACAACACAACCUACAGAAUCGUCCAGAAAGUCAACAAGAAAUAAUUCAAGGAGGCGUACUACAAGUCGACAAAGGACGUCCCAAGAACACUUUGAUGAAAAUGUAGUCCUACCACAAUUUGAUGGUACCAUCACGGUAACCCAUCAAAUACCAACCGAAGUUACCAUUCCGGUAGUCAAUGGUAAAAUCACUGAAUACAAAAAUGUGAUUACAGCCAAACAUAGUACCGAAGUCCUCGUACCUAAGCAAUAUUCAACUUCGGUGAAUGCCUUCGGGAAGGAUGUUACAGUACUACUGAGUGAAGCAACGUCAAUUGGUGAUAAUGGAGCCACUCUUAUCACACAAUUCGUCUUAAAUGAAACCCCUACUACUAGUGUUAUUUUCACCCCGACUUAUAUCAGAGGCCGAAAGACUUCCUUCUCUCAUGUGAUCCCUAGUACGGCUUACGGAGUCGAACAAGUCGUCAACACAAUUCAACCAGCACUUGCAGCCCAAGCCCCACUUGCCAACAUCCUUCUAUCGCAACUAUUACUAGGCCAAAAUCCCCUAUACCCCAUACAAAACCCAGCAAUACCAGCAACACCGACCACCGAAUUCAAAACUCGAGCUACAACCUAUGUUACAACAGUAACAAGUGUAACGUCCACAGUUUUACCUUUAACUUUCCGGGGUAAAGAAAUUUUGACUACUAUUGUUGAUAGUAGUGUUACUGUAGUUACCGCAACUGAAUUAUUGACUGAUACUAUAGUAGUAACGCCGACUUUAGGUUUCCCGGCUGCUGCCCCACAAUUGAAUACUUUAUUGUUACCGUUACUACAACAACAGUUGGCUCAGACUUCGCCGUUACAACAAGCGCAACAACCGGCAGGAGUUUUGAACUUGAACACACCACAAGCCCAAGCUUUGUAUAAAGAGAAGGACAAUUUAGAAUCGGAGGAAAAGUCACAAGAAGUCGAACAAGCGAUUACUGAGGAAGUUACUCAAGCCACAAAGAGAAAGAAUUCAAGGAAGAAAAGUAAAAAACCGACUCCUGCUCCUACUGAACCUCCAAAAGAAACAAGUGUGAUUACUUUGUACGUUUCCGGUAGAAUUCCGGGUGAAUUUAGCACAGUGUUGUCAACUGUAACAGUUGGUGAGAAUGAAAGGCGUAAACGAGAUGUUAGUAAACCAGUGAAGCCGUCCAAAGGUCUCGACGAUUUGAUUAUAAGUACUUUGGAUUACUACGACACUUAUGUAACACCAGCCACCAAAGAGUUUAAUCUUGAAGCUACUGAAACCGUAGCCACUGAAAGUCUUGAAAGUAUCAUUGGUGAUGUCAGCAGACACGUCAAGACUCAACCUACCGGUAUUUUCGACACUCAACCAACUAAAUCAACCAAGAAAUACAAAAUAAAAUACGUUAAAGCAUCGGGAGAAGCUAAAAAAUCUUCCGGUAAUUUUUUAGCGUCAGACCUUGAUGAGAAAGCCCCUCUCAUGCCAAAGGUCGAAACGUCACUAAUUAGGGGCAACAAGAAAAACCAAAAUUAUCAUUACGUUUCGAAACAAAUUGGCCAUGAAACUAGAUUUAGAAGAGAUGUUGAUGAAGUUCCUAAACCAAAAAGACGAGUUGUUAAAAAAUUGAUUCGAGUGUUACCACAUCAAGAAGUGACAACAAGAAGACCAAGAAGACGACUUCUUGUCAAAAAGAAGAAACGAAGAUUACGGCCGGUUUCAGAUGAACGAAUUCCAGAAGCUACGAAACAGCGUCGAAGAGUUAUAGUUACUAGAAAGAGGCUUUUGACCAAAACUGAUGAUUUGGUGGUUAGUCCGAGUCAAGAAAAAGGACUUGAAGCUACAACGAGUGAAGAAUUGCCAAAUAGUAUUUCGACCGAAAGUGAAGAAGAAGUUGAGGAAACAAGUGAGGAAAACAAGAUUGAAGAAAGUGAAGAGAAAUCUCCUCAACAUGUUCCUGACUAUGAACCCUUUUUCCCCGAAUUGUCCGAAAGUCUUGACGCUCCUGUCCUCCUCCUCAAAACUACAGUUCUAUCUUCUGUUGAGCUUUUGACAAAGACUAUCGUACAGAGCCGACUACGUACUUACACAUUUAUCGUGACUCGAGUAAAUGGUGACGAACAUAUUGUAACUUCUACUACAGAAGUACGACCCCAGACCAAGACUAGUACUUUGACGGAACCUCUGACGAAAUUCACAACUUUAACUUUACUGGACUUCGACGCUACUUCUACUCUCAACCCAAUACCAAUGACUCCAUUUCCGGCAUCCCCUCAACUAAAAACCGGAGAGGUUCAAGGAAGGGCUUUUGAAGAGGCCCGUUAUAACCUUGCAACUCGAGUCAUGUCUAAUGGCGUCGAAGUAAUUGUAGCAGGCGAUAAAAGUACUCUACCGGGGGAACCAGAUGUUAAGAGGGUCUUACCCAGCACGAUCUACAAACCGAUAACCUUGAAACCGAGCACUUUGAGCGACCAUAUGAUGAUGAUGUUGCCACAAGAUGCCUCUAAUAUCAAUAGCUUAUAUCCGAACCAAUUCGUGACCAAAACUUGUCUCACGACUUUUACCUACUUGACCACGUACCUCGAAAGUGGUACCACUACGGUUUCUAGUCAUAAACAAGUCGUUUCAAAUAUCGCAACAGAGGAAAGAAACACGGGGAAAAUUUUACCGACACCGGCUGUAGGGAUCACUUUAACACAGUACCCUAAUCUCUCAGUCGGAGUCUUUCACACAACUUAUACUUAUCUAAACACAAUAAUAGACGGCGAACAACCACUAGUGGUAACUUCUAAACAUACAGUAACAAACACAGUUACAGCUCCUGAUGACUACUUAUCGUUGUUGCAACCAUCGGAGAAAGUCUCGGCUCUUAAAGACACCAAUACGUACUACAGUACCGUAGCUCUGACCAAAACACUAUACGAGGGUGAGAAAUCGCAAAUUGUGAGUACCAAUGAAGUGGUUACCCAAGUUGUAAUAACUGAAUCGGUACCACCCAAAGCCACCUCAGUCAUGACAUCAUACAUAGCUCUUGAUGUCGAAGACCCAAAUCCUGUUUCUGUCAAUUAUACGACCACUGAUGUUGUCAAAACCUACUUUGUCACUUACACUUAUUACAACACGCAAACGGAAAACGGUAAAAAAAUUAUCAAGACAAAUGUAUCAACUUCCAGUGAUGUGGUAACCGAAAAAUUGUUUUUGCACCCAAAACGUACCACUAGUAGCACCAAAGAUGAUAAAAAGAAGCACAAAAUUGAUUACUCUGGUGAAAACUUUCAUAUUGUGGCUACGAAAACCUACCACACGACUUUUACCUAUUUUACGACUUUGCUUCAAGAAGGAAAUACAGCGAGCCCUACAGUGAUUAGUUCGCACUCAAAAGUUGUCGAAAAUGUAGUGACGGAAACUAUCGACCCGAACCGUUUUGACAAAAAGUAUUUAUCAGCAAUUAAGAGUCAAAUUCGUGAUGGUAGUGACACUUUUACGAAAUCAGCAACGUUGAGUGAUGGACAAAAACUCGAAAUUACGGUAAUCGCCGAUCAAAUAUCCCCGACUAAAGUACUACCAAUUCAAAAAACCAAAAUGCCGGAAAAAGAUAGUACCACAAAAGUCGAAAUCGAAUCAUCAACCCCUAGUGUGAUAGUCGGCUCUACUAUAAUUUUUCUUGAUGAUGAACCACCGGUAAAAACCGAAACACCGUCUUUGACAAGUUCCAAAGUUUUGAAAAAGACAAAAACAGUAACUUCCACUAGCAAAUUGCGACGUACUACUAAAACCAAGGCUAAGACACCUACUACGACCCACCCGACUAAAGCCGUAGACCCUAAACCUGCCACUAAGGUGGUCAAAACGCCUAAUCAGGUUUCAGAUUUGCUAGGUUUGGGUUCAAUCAAUAUCAAUAGUUUGCAAGCCUUGACUCCGGUACUAAAUGCCAUGGCCGGCUUGAUCCAAACUAACUUAAAGUCAAAUCGACGUAACGAUUCUAUUGUCGUAAACACAACACCAAAAUCUAAACCUAAACCUGAAACUGAGGAAAAUUUGCAAAACCGGUCACCGAUUUAUAUUCCAGUGGGUGGCUUAAGUGACGAGUUUGAAGUUGCUGAAAGCCAGAAUAUCGCCACUUUUCAUUUGCAAGAUACGGAAUGGAAUGGUCAUAAAGACUUUAAACCGACCCAUGAAAGUCCUUUGCUCAAUGGAGGGAUUCCCAUAUCACCAGGUGACGUAAUUACGGCAAAUUCGGAUGUGAUAGUUGGUAAACCGGGACGGAUUGGGCCUCGAGUACCCACAAUCCCCCUAAACCAAGUCAAGGAUGAUGGUUAUGGGAUGAAACCACCUCCAGUGACCCAGAAUAAGUGGCCCAAAAGAAACGAGUAUAAACCAAUACCGGUCCCUGAGAACAAACCGGUAAUACAUGCCCCAAGUAAGGAUGAUUAUGUUGGACCUCCACCUCCCAUUAGGGAGAAACACAAACAUAUACCUUUGAGUCGACCGCCGGAUCAGGUCUACGCCCACAGUCAAAAUAACUAUGGAGUCACUUAUGGAGUCAACGAGGUGACUCAUGAAAUCAAAAUUCCAAAUAUUCAAGAGGAAAUAGAAAAGCAAGCAGCUAAAGAAACCUUUCCGAUUUAUGCCGAAGGUCAUAAUAAUCCGAUCAAAAAUUACAACCUUGAACCAUCGAUUGUUCUCCCUGAAAUCGUCGAAAGAUCAACAGGACAACCCCUUCUGGUCAACAUCCAACCAAGUCAAGUGGCUUUUGUCAAUAUCCCUCAUAACAGAACCACUGCUUUGAUCUAUGGUGGGUCAACAGAACCCCAUCGAAACGGUCAGUACUUCGAUGACCCAUCCCCAUACCCCCAACCCGAAUUCUCGGGAAUUGAGUUUAACAAUGGUGUCCCUCAAAUCGCAUCGGUGUACCAUGGUAGUACUAGCAACCAAAAAGAAGUGGUUGGUGUUAUCAAAGUCGCUCCACAACCCAUUGAUAAAGACCAAAUCCAGAUUAAUAUAAGCCCAUCUAGACCAAAUCUGGUUACCUACCCCCAAAACCAGGAAAUUAAUAUUAAUGUACCACCAAUUUCCUUCGGAAUGAUCCACCAAGACAACGAAUUUAAUGCCCAUAUUAUCAACCAUGGGGAUACGCAAUUUAGACCACCACCAAUUACCUACGAAGUGGUUAAAAGUGACCACAACCGAUUUGAAGGACUUGAAGUGGCAGGUAUUGGAAGUGUAGGACAACCAGAACCAGCGUUCUUUGAUGGUCAGAAAAAUAAUCGAUUUAUGAACGAUGGUAGACAGCCACAACCAGUAUCAUUUGACGUUUUGGUAAACAAUGAUAAUAAGUUUGCAGAAAAUGUGGCAAUUCAGCAAAAACCACCCAGAGUUGUUGAAAAUGAAGUUUCAAAACCCUUACAACCAUUUUCGUUUCAUUCUGAAGUCAAAAAACCACAACCAAAUGACGAAACAAUCGAUUUGAAACCUCCGAGUGAAGUAUCAGUAAAACCUCCUGAAGGUCAUACGAAAUUCAAACCACCAAUGGUUGGUAAACCAUUUACCAAACCACAAACACCACCAAAAGGUCAUUUCGGACGACCUUCUAAGCCUAGUUUAGAAAUUUCUGAAUUUAUGACUCCACCACCAGUUGGUGCAAACCACCAUCAGAGCAAACCAUUCCGCACUCGACCUCAAAAACCACUUCCUAUACCAUUAACACCUGAAAAUGAUUACGACAAUGAUGAAGACUUGACAAAUGAGGAAGGUGAGGUGAUACAAGAGUCGAAUAGUAGGCCACUCAGGCCAGGUCAAAUACCAUUCGAAAUCCUUAAAGUUAAAACAACCACGACACCAAAACCGGUCAGAAAUGAAACGGUUGGUAAACCACCACCAUUCAGUUACAACGAACCCAAACCGGUGAUAAAUUUCCCGCGACCAUUUGGUGAAAUCCCAUUUGUGCGGCCCGAAAACCAACAAACCAACCAAAUCAACCAUUACGAGCAAGACAAUUACGACUAUAUCCCAACCAGACCUCAUUCCGGUUUCAUAACAUACAUCGGAAGUAUCACACCGCGACCGAUCCAUCUGGAUAUCAAACCAACCACCGAAAACCAUCGCCGUCAAACCACACCAAGAAGAAGACCUACAAGUACCACUUCCCGGCCAAAAACCACCCGCAAACCGGAAAUUUUCACCAAACGACCCCAAUAUCACAAUACGAGUCAUUACAGCGGUUUUGGUUUGAAAACCAGACAACCAAUUCCUGUUUUCGCCCAAACAACCACUCCCAAACCAUUCAUCCCCGAUCGACCUAAAGUCACUUCACUGCCCAUCGAUCGUCCAACUUUAACCUCCGAAAUUAUCAAACCAAUCAGAACUCAAACUGAAAAACCGUUCAAAACUCCGAAACCAUUAUCAAUCACUGAUUUGCUCAAACGAGAAAAGGUCACAACCGUUUCCACUACAACAAAGAAAAUUAUUGCACCAGAACUCAACACUGGAGAAGUACCAAUAAUUGAUGAGAGUGAAAUGGAAAUAAUGAAACCGCCCCCACCAGUACCCGAUAUGAAUAUGCAACCACCCAAAAUUGAAGUUAAUUCACCCAGUGGGAAUAUUCAUCGAGUCCCAAGUUUGGAACAUAGUCCAGAUUUGGAAGUACAUGCUAGUACUGUAGUACCUUAUGUACCUAAACCUGCAGAAGACAUAAUACCACCACCCCCAGUAAGUGUGUCAGAGGAAGUUGUCGGGAUGAGUCCACCACCACUUGUGUCAACCCACAAACCAAUUAUGGUAACUGACAGUACUACCAGAACCACAACUGUAAGUACUAGACGUACUGAAGGUACAAGAAAGCCGUUUACGCGACGACCUACAGUUAAAGUUACCACAAGAAGACCUUUGAAACCAUUCCAUGAAACUUAUGGACGCAAUAAAACUACCACUAGACCAGUAUUAGACGAAUCUAGUACUUUUAGUACCAUAGUAGCGUCCCCAACUUUCACAACGUCUAGUACGCCAACACUGGAAGUGAUAAUUGGAAAUCCGUCACUCACGUCGUCCCAGAACGAUUUUAGUGAGACUGAGAGUACGAAAACGUCCGAAUUAAAGUCCACACCGACGAAAAUCAGUACUACUAGUACUAGUUCUAGUACCACAACACAAAUUCAAAGUACUACUAGAGAAGAUAUUAUUCCGACCGGAGUCCAUCACGCCGGUAACGAAGUUCGCGUCAUUGACGAUACUACAAGUAGUACUACCAGUAGUAAGAAACCGGUACUAGCAACCAAAUCUAGUAAAACGGUAAUUCCCACACGUUAUAUAACACAUACAAAAACCUCAACAGUUACUAUAACUAAAACUACGAUAGUUAAAACGUUAGGAGGUCCUCCAUCGACGUCUACUAUUUUGGUUACUAAGACCGAAAAAAGUACUCUUGUAGACACUGUAACCGAAUUCCAUACUUUAGUUAAACCGACGAGUAUUAUAGAAACUGUUACUACAACUGUUAGUACUGGUAGCUCCUUAUAUCCGUCUGAUGUCUACGGUAGUACUUAUCCAUCAAUCAAAUUACGACCAAGUCCUAGUACUAGCACUAGUACGAUGGUUAUACCGACAAUAACAGUCGAAAAUGACAGUAGUGAGGACUUGGACGAUUUUAUAAUCAAUGAAACCGAUCCUCCUCUCCUCCAAGAAGACUCUAGCAAUGAAAAUGAAUCCAUUUUUGUUGUCAUGACUGACAAAAACAAAGGAAGCGUAAUAAAAGUACCAAACAACAGCUACGAAACUCAAGACAGAGACGAAAUGAUUAACAGCAACGAAGCUAACAAUGUUUUACUAGGAGGAAUUUUCAUAGCUAGUCCUCCAAGUUUGGAGGUACCACGGGUACCACCAAGCGACAAAUGCGAACCUGAAUGUAAAGCUUCCCGAAAUGAACUUUGCCAGAAAGUUGAAGGCAUAAUGAGAUGCGUGUGCAGGCCCGGAUUCGCUCGAAUGUUCCCAGACCGGCCCUGUAUUCCCACAUACACCUACAAUCUCAAGGUGGAUUUGGAACGCCACGGCCGCGACAACUUGAAAUUCACUCAAGAUUUGAAUUAUCCGAACUCGACCGGUUUUACGAAACUCACAGCAGUGACCCAUGAAGCCCUCGAUCGUAUGGUCAUGCAGUCAGAUUUGAGGGAUAUCUACCACGGGGUCCACAUCCAUUCAUACAAACCCAAUAAAAAUCAACAAGGAGUGUCAACUGGGUUUUAUUUGCAGCUUUCUGACAACACCGAUGAGAAGCGACUCGAGAAUGUGUUUAAGAAAUACUUGAGAAACAAUAAUUAUAGUCUAGGUGGUACCGAAAUUUUCGCAUCGAGGGAAAGUCUUGACGAUUUGAAAGCACUCGAUUUUAACGAAUGUACCAAUCCGAGGUUCCACGAUUGUUCCGAAAACGCGCAAUGCUUCAAUUUGAAAGGUACCUACACGUGUAGUUGUAAAGAAGGUUUUACCGACUUGUCCGAAAACAUCCUAUAUCCGGGUCGGAUCUGUUCGGCGGAACUAAUUGGAUGCGAAAGGUGUAACUACCAUGGAACUUGCUACUCGCGAGGGGACGAUCAGGUCUUCUGCGAGUGCUUCCAUUGGUACACCGGGGAGAGUUGCCACAUUAACUUGAAAGUACUUUUGAUCGCUUUGGUGACCCUCGGCUCCAUCCUCGUGGUCUUGCUCAUCAUUUGCAUCGUGAUGACUUGUUGUCGGAAAAAGCCCCGGAAAGCCAGAAUGGCAACUGGGAUGAGUUUCCUGCCACAGAGGGUGGCAAACAGGGGUACCAUCGACCGGCGCGCCAUGAUCCAAGACACAAGCUCUGAAGACAGUCGUUCUGAAACCAAUCUUCCCCCUUACGUUGCCAAAAAGAAGAAACUCAAAGGUGCCCUCAAAAAACCCUCAACUGAUGUCGAACAUGGUGAACUAUUCCCCGACCAAAAAGACCGAUCUUUGACAGUUAUGAUUCCUCGAGCCAAGUACCACCCAGCCCCUCCCACGUCCCCCCUAAGCAAUUAUACGACUUUUGACGCCAGGAAGCCCUCAGUACCAUCCACGAGUAACGAAGCUAAACUUUUGUCGUAUUUAGAUGCCGGCCCUUCGCCUAAUAAACCCGACAAACGCAAAUAUAGCGUACAAAGUGACUCGUAUGAUAACAAACCCAACUCUAGGAAAACAUCGGGGGCUUUGGUUUCGGCCGGUUUUGAGGUUUCGGCCACGGUUUUGGGCAACAAUAUGGGUACUUUGGGUACGACUUGUGGUACCGAAGCCGAUCGGAGCGAAAAUGCGACUUUGAUUCAGAAAAUCAGUGCCGAUUUGUUAUCAAGUACUGGCACAAGGUCGCAGUUUAAUACUUUAAGGGGUGACGAGAUUGACCCGAUGACGAAUUGGUUGGAUAUAACUCCACGAAUCAAUACCGUGUCGGAGGCACGGUCAUACGAUGAGACCACAAUCCCGCCCCCUAUGAAGUCGUUCAGAGGCGACUAUGAUACGAAAUCGAAAUCGUCAUCGCAGCACCAAAAUGAUGAGGCAAACACAAUGGCUGAGCGAGAUUUGGGUUCGACAUUUUUGCUUCCCCACACUCACUUGUACAAGCCUGAUAGGGGAAGUGAUAUCUCGGGUUUCGAGUCACUUUAGCCGACUCUCGAAUUUCGUCAAGCUCUUAUGUGCCUUAUGUUCGUGUGACUGUGUUAUUAUUUAUGUGAGAUUUAAAAUCGGCCAUAUUUCUUUGUGUAUAUAAAAAACAAGCGAAAUUUUUGGUUUAGGACGUGUGUGAGUGAAUGUACAUAUGUAUGUUAGGUUACUAUUUAUAUUAAUAUAUAUUCUGGUCGGGCAAUAAGCAGAGUGCCAAAAAAGACUUUUGUGUAAAUUUAUUUGUUACAAAUAUUAUAACAGUGUACAAUGUAAACGUACUUAUUACUAAUAAGUUUUAUAAUUAUUGUAUUUUUUUAAUAAAUUUUAUUUAAUUUA